ACUUAAAUCAAUGGUUUAUAAAGUAUUUACUGUUUAUUGAAAGUCUUAAAACUACAGACUGCUCCUUUAAUCUACAGACUGAACCUUUAAUCUACAGACUGAACCUUUAAUCUACAGACUGCUCCUUUAAACUACAGACUGCUCCUUUAAUCUACAGACUGACCCUUUAAUCUACAGACUGAACCUUUAAUGUCUCCUGCUGUGGAUGAGGUAACAGGUGGAUGUUCCCUCAGGAGGAGGUGGAACCACAGUGGACGGGUUUGGUCCUCCAUCGCUGCUCCACUCUGUUUGGGCUGGUUCUGGAUCAGUGAGUCCUCCGGUGUCCAGCCGUCAGCCCCGCCCCGCUGUCAGCCGGCCGGACUGAAGAUCUGCAGGCGGCAUCUCGACCGACCUGCCGCCGCGAAGAGGCGACGAUGGCAGCAGACAGAGGAGCGGUCCGGGGGAGCGCUUUCCCACCGGACCCGGACCCAGCGGUCGGGUCCGGUGCUGCCGGAGAGCCUGACGGCCUCAUCCCGGUGCCGAUGAACCUGUUUGCGACCUGGGAGAUCGACCGGUCCUCUCCGAGCUGCGUCCCCAGGCUGUGCAGUCUGACUCUGAAGAGGCUGAUGGUGCUGAAGGAGCUGGACAGAGAGCUCAGCUCCGUCGUCAUUGCUGUGAAGAUCCAGGGCUCGAAGCGGACGUUACGAUCUAACGAGUACCUUCUUCCUCCAGACGGUCUGAUGGAAACAGACCUGGAGCUCACCUUCUCACUGCAGUAUCCUCACUUCCUGAAGCGAGAUGUGAACCGCCUGCAUGUGAUGCUGCAGAGGAGGAAGAGAUACAAGAACCGAACCAUCCUGGGCUACAAGACCCUCGCAGUGGGAGUGAUCAACAUGGCCGAGGUGAUGCAGCGUCCGACAGACAGAGCCCACAUCCUUGGUCUCCACAGCAACCUGAAGGAUGCUUCGGUGCGCGCGGCGGAGCUGAGCGUCCAUUCUCUCUCCAGCCAGCCAAUCGAACAGGAGGACACAAGUGGUCACCAUGGCAACAAGACCAAGGCCUCAGAUCGCUCUCCUGACUUGGAGAACUACUGGGAGGACGAUGACGACAGCUUCUCCUCUGAACAGGAAGGAAGUGAUGAUGCGGUCCAACAUCAGGACAUAUAUGAUGAUGAUGAUGAUGUCCAAGGAAAGAUGAAGAAGUCUCGUGGGAAAAUGAUCCGGACGGCCUCUCUGACGCAGCAACCGAACUUCAAACAGAAGUUUGUGGCUCUGCUGAAAAGAUUCAAAGUCACCGACGAGGUUCUGGACUCUGACCCGGUAGGACGGAGUCAGGAGGCUGAGGAGGACCUGGACCUCCUGUACGACAGUCUGGAGGUUUACAACCCGAGUGACAGCGGCCCGGAGCUGGACGACAAUGACAGCAUCGUCAGCACGCCCAAACCCAAACUCAGGCCGUUCUUUGAGGGGAUUUCACAGUCGAGUUCUCAGACUGAGAUCGGCAGUGUGAACAGUCUGAAGAGCCAGCAGAGGGAACAGACUGCAGCCGCUGCAGAGCUGCUUUCUGCUGGAGGUCCAGAAGAGUCCAGAGGAGACGGGGUCGGCGCCAGGGAAUGUGAGGAUGAUGUUGCCAUGGGAACAGAUGCAGGCCCGGCUGCCAAACUCUGUAAAACUGAGUCUCAAACACACAUGUCACCGAGUAAGACAGGAAGUCAGCUGUCUCGCCAUCCUUGGAGCGGCUCCAUGAAGGACAGACAGAACUCCAGAGGGACCGACAGAACCAGCAGUGUGGACAGUGAGACGUCGUCUGACUUCAGGAUACCUGCUCCACAGGUUGCCAGGAAGUCGGUCCUGGAUCAGCUGAACCACAUCCUGUUCUCUGAUGAUCUGAUCCCUGACGCCAUCAUCCUGAUCAACACCACAGACUGGCAGGGGCAGUAUCUGUCCGAGCUUCUCUUCGAUCAGCCGAUCGUCUGCACCGUCUCGGCCGCGGAUGUUCAGGCCGCCUUCAGCGCCGUCAUCAGCCGGAUCCAGAGAUUCUGUAACUGUAACUCCCUGACUCCGCCCACGGUGAAGGUGGCGGUGGGCGGAGACCAGAGCUACCUCAGCACCGUCCUGUGCUGCUUCGUAGAGCAGCUGGCCAGCAAGACGCCUGAUUGGCUGAACUACAUCCGCUUUCUCAUCCUCCCUGUUGGUUCCCACCCGCUGGCCAAGUACCUGGCGGCACUGGACAGUAAAUUCAACAGCCUGUUCUUGGACGCCGGCUGGCGGGAGCUGUUUGGACGCGUGGAGCCGCCUCCUCUCGAUCCUGUCGGCGUCGCAGCUCGAGUGUCUCAGUAUCUAAGCGGAGCUGCUGUUUCUCACCUGUGUCCCAUCUCAGAGGCCAUGCUCACCUGCAAACACAAGAGCCCUGAAGACGACUCCUGUCAGAAGUUUGUUCCUUUCAUUGGGCUGGUGAAGGUUGGCAUCGUGGAGCAGAACUUCCUGUCCACCUCAGUUGACUCUGAUGACAUCAUACUGGGAUCUCCUCCCUCCCAAUCAGGAGCACCGAUCAACAUCACCUCCACGCCCCCUCCCUCCCCCUCCACCAGCUGCCCGGGGGAGGUGAUGGGUCUACAGGUGGACUACUGGAGCAGUCAGGGAGGAGGAGGAGGAGGAGGAGGAGGAGGAGGAGAGAAGAGGAAGGAGGUGGGGAUGAAGAACACUCUGAAGAGCAACUUCCGCAGUCUGCAGGUGUCGAGGAUCAGCGGAGGGGAACUGAUGAGUAUGACUGUGGUGACCAAAGAGAAGAACAAGAAAGUCAUGUUUCUCAGUAAGAAGACGAAGGAGAAGGAGGCGGAGUCCAGGAGUCAGCUGAUCGACGGAAUCAGCAGACUGAUCUGUACCUCCAAACACCAACACACACUGAGAGUCUCUAUAGACGGGGUCGAGUGGAACGAUGUGAAGUUUUUCCAGCUCGCUGCUCAGUGGCCGACUCACGUCAAACACUUUCCUGUUGGGAUCUUCAGCUACAACAAACCCUGAACCUCCUCUUCCUCCUCCUCCUCUUCCUCUUCCUCCUCUUCCUCUUCCUCUUCCUCCUCUUCCUCUUCCUCCUCCUUCUCCUCCUCUUCCUCCUCCUCCUCAGAGGAGCAGAGACUUUGUUCAUCU